UCCCCUCUCUCUGUGUCGCCGCUUUUUUGUGUUAAUGUAGGUUUUUAGACCAGCGGGCCGGCGUGCUGUUUGAUUCAUGUCUGGCAGGGCUGUGAGCAUCAAACAGCCUCCACCGUGUAGGUUUUUGGGCUUCUCAAUGGAAGACAUCUCUCCACUCGCUGCGAGCGAAGGAGUGCGGCACAUAUUUGCUUUGCGUGUGUAUUCCCGCAGAGGAGCGAGAGACUCUUUCUGAAUGAGGCUCUGAAGGGAAGGGGCGCGGGCAGCAGACCUGUCGGUGUUCGAGCGAGACCCGUUUGGCUGGACGAGCUCGUGCCGGCGGUUGUGGAUACCGUGGGCGGAAAGCUUUUUCACAUUUUGAUCUUACCCAGCAGCGAGGGUAGGGGGGAGGUCAAGGUGGGAUACAUGGAUUUCACAAGAAGAGAAGAUUAAUUAGAAGGUUCAACCUCUUCCAGAAGUGAGACGCUGACCCUUUCCAAGCUUUUUGUCUAGACUAGUCAAAAAGCUUUCCCCCACUACUUUCCACUGCACCCUGUCUCUGCUGCUGACUCUAACCAGACAUCAUGGGUACAGUGUUAUCGCUGUCUCCUAGCUACCGGAAGGCAGCCUUGUUUGAGGAUGGGCCGGCCACGGUGGGCCACUACACCGCCGUCCAGAACAGCAAGAAUGCCAAGGAUGCCGCUGCUGCAGCAGCAAAGUCCCUAAAACGCCCCUCAAUCAUCAGUGUGCUCCCAUGGAAACGUAUAGUGGCUGUAUCAGCAAAGAGGAAGGGGUCCAAGAAAUUACAGUCAGACAGCGGGGAUGGAGGGAAAGGAAGCUCUCCGGAUGGUCAUGCAGCCGCCACUACCAACUCAGUCUCCGAUAGCCUGAAGCUCAAGAAGUCUCAGUCCUGUGCUAACCUCUCAUCCUAUUCAUCCAGCCAGGACCCAGCAGCCACCACUACCACUACCUCCUCCCACCUGCCCGCCUCCAAAACCUUGGCUAACGUAGCUACUGUCGUUGCCAAAAAGAAUUCCCUCACAGGUUCUGGCAUCCAGCCUUCCACUGCAGCUGGAACGCCAAAACGUGUCAUUGUUCAGGCGUCCACGAGUGAACUUAUGCGCAGCCUGGGUGAGUUCCUGUGCCGUCGGUGUUACAGAUUAAAGCGUCUAUCCCCGACAGAUCCAGUGCUUUGGCUGCGCAGUGUGGACCGCUCCCUCCUUCUUCAGGGCUGGCAGGAUCAGGGCUUCAUUACUCCAGCCAAUGUGGUCUUCCUCUACAUGCUGUGCCGCGAUGUGGUCUCAGCUGAGGUGGCUUCAGAGCGCGAGCUGCAGGCCUCACUGCUUACCUGCCUCUACCUGUCCUACUCCUACAUGGGCAAUGAGAUCUCCUACCCACUGAAGCCCUUCCUGGUGGAAGCAGAGAAAGAAGCCUUCUGGGACCGCUGCCUGGACAUCAUCAACCGCAUGAGUGGCAAGAUGCUCCAGAUCAACACCGACCCACACUUCUUUACCCAGGUGUUUGCUGAUCUGAAAAAUGAGAGCAAGAAAGAGGAAGAGAAGACCAAGCUCCUCAUAGGCCUUGACCGAUAAGAGGGCGCUGGGAGGGGGGGAAGGAUGGAAGGAUAGACGGUGAAUAGGUUGAGGACAGGAAGACUAAUGCAAUGCAGUGUAAUGUUACCUUUGAGCUGUAAUGUUGUCUGGCGUCUAUACUGGUGAUUAUUAACCAAUUUUUCCAAUGUAGAAGAUUGAUCUUCUUGCAUGAAACAUAGUGUUGAUGAUAAAUUUACCCAAAGGCUGCAGUUAAAAAAAGCAGAUAAAAUCAGGAUUGCUGAGGUGUUUCUCAAACUGCCAGUCACAUCGACUGGAUCUGAUUAGAUUCCCAAGAUUAACAGGCUACUUGUUGGCAUUCAGCAUCCAGGUCCCUGAGCUCAGGGUAACAAGUUUUAAAGCUGAGAUACAACUGUUCAGAUUCCCAGCAACAAUUUAUCUGACAAUGUAGACAAGGAAAGCCAUAUUUUAUCAAAAGCAUGGCUAGCAGAGAUCAUGACAAGACAUUAACAGCAUGAUAGAGAGAGCAAGAGAUCCACUGGAUUUACCUUUUACCUUGGGUGUAAAGCGAUUUGUCAGUCUGGCCUUUAUGUUAAGAAAUAAAGUGCAGACUAAGUUUUAUUGUGAAAAUGAAUACAAACAUAAAUGGGUUUAGAGACGCCAGACAACACAGAUUUAGUUACUGAGGGUGGAUAUAUAAAUAUAUAUAUAUAUACUGUAUAUGUAUACAGUAUAUAUUUAGCAUUGAGGCAUUUUUAUCUAUAGAGAAUUGAACCACAUUGCAUGAGGUCACUUCAUAUGUCCUUGCACAUGACCACUUGCUUAUUGCCAACUCCGCUUUACCUUAUUCCUAAAGUCCUUCCCAAGCUUUACUGCACUCAUCAAAAAUGGUUCUGCAAGGUCCAUUCGCAUAACAUAAAGAGUAUUAACUUGCCUAGAGUGGAUGAGAUCAAGUCAACCAGAUUGUUUAAUUGGCCCUCCUAUUUAUUGUACUGUAGUGGAUUCAUGCAUCCGCAUAUUAUAUAAAGUACUGUAGUUUUAAAGGAAUUGGGUUUAUCCAGUCAAAUAUUCUGGGAAUUAGGAGACCAUUUGUCUAUUUUUAAGAGUAUGACAUGCUAAUCCUUUUGGGACAGAUGAAUAAUUAUUAAACAAGCCCUUGUGUAAGCUGUUUACAUUUACAAAUACGUGGGAAAAUGCAAUACUGACCCCUCCAGGGCACAUUUUACACAGGGAACGAGCUCAUUUAUUCCUCUUACCCUGCACUUUCU